GGCCCCCCCCCCCCCCCCCGCUGUGGCUGCGCACCCGCGCGUCGUCGCAUCGCGGCAUCGAGGCAUCCGUGCGCUGGCCCGUCGCAGCUGCGCAGACGCUCGCUGCGCGCCCUGCCGCCUGCCUGUAGCGCCUCGCCGAGCUAGCCAUGUUCCCCAACGGCACGCACCAGGGCGGCGCGCCGCCGUCGGCCGGCGGGCAGCACUCUGCCUUUUCGCACCCGCCGCAUCUCGGCGCCGCCUACUAUCCGCCCAGCGGCUCGUCGCAGACGGCCUCGUCGCGCUCGCCGGCACACACGCCGCCGGCGUACGCCCACGCGCCGCAGCACGGCAGCAGCUGGCCGCCGCCGCACGCGCCGCCGCAGCAGCAGCACAGCUACGGCUCGGGCAGCAUGGGCCCGCCGCCGGCACGCCACGGCAGCGGCACGCCGCAGCAGCCGCCGCAUGCAGGCAGCAGCAGCCUCGGCCAGUCGUGGAGCCCCGCGACGCGCUCCGAGGAGGACGAGGAGGAGGACGACGAGUCGGACGAGGAGGGCUCCGACGGCGAGUCCUCCGACGGCGGCAAGAAGCGCAAGCGCUCGCCGGGCGCCAAGGGCAAGGGCGCCGCAGACGCGCCCGCCGGCAAAAAGGCCAAGCCGACGCGCGGCGCAAAGGCCUGCACCAACUGCCGCCGGCUGAAGAUGCGCUGCAUGGGCGCCGAGCAUGGGCCGCCGUGUGCGCGCUGCAAGCACGGCAAGCACGAGUGCGUGUUUGAGGAGAGCAACCGCGGCAAAAAGGGCGGCAAGAACCAGCGCGCCGAGGCCAUGGCGGCCAGUCUCAAGAAGAUGGAGGCGACGCUCAACACGGUGCUGGCGUCGCUGCGCGCGCCCAGCCUCGCAAAGGGCGCCGGCCUGCUGACGCGCAGCCCGAGUCCGGGCGACGAGCCGCCGCGCCCGACGCGCCACUUUCCCGACCGCGUGCGCGCCUACGACCAGGCCGACGACCGCGAGCGCCUGCAGCGCGGCUGGCGCACUGCCGACGAGGUCGACGAUGUGGCGCGCAGUGCCGCGCGCCUGCCGCCCGCCAGUCCCGGCGGCAGCCACGUCAAUCCGCAGGCCUUGGGCUCGCAGCGCGAAGCCACGUCGGGCACGCGCUUCGUCGAGCCUGCCUCGGCGCGCCCGCCGCGGCGCGCCGCCUCGCCGCGCCUCCACUCGCUGCCCGACAACACGCUCAACCCGCUCGGCCUGCUCGCCGAGGCCAGUCUGCACAACCACCACCGCGCCCGGCGCCUCGGCUCGCGCGCGCAGCAGCAGCAGCACGACGGCGCGGCCAGUGUGCGCAGCGCCAGCAAGGAGGUCAGCGCCAGUCCGGCCAGUGCCACGUCGCGCCUCAAGGAGGAGGAGGCCUCGACGCCCAGUGCUGCGGCGCCGUCGGGCGAGGCGGCCGCGCUGACGCAGCUGGCCAACAAGGCCUACACGGCCAGUGCCGAGUCGCUCGACCUCGCCGGCGCCGUGCGGCCCGAGGGCGUCACCAACCCGCGGCCGCAGGCCGAGGACCAUCAAGUGUCGCUCGGCGUCGCCUCGGACACCUACUUUCGCCCCGGGCCCAUGACAAUUCUGCCGCUGCGGCGCAUCGUCAUUGAGCGCGAACUGCCGCCCGAGCUGCUCACCAGCGGCACGCUCACGAGCCAGGAGGUGCUGGAUCUCUUCCAGAUCUUCUUCCACUACUGCUCCCAGCACGUCGUCGUCCUCGACCCCGAGUGGCACACGCCCACGAUGAUCUGUGCCCGCUCGCCCUUUCUCUUCACGUGCGUCUGCACCAUUGGCGCACGCUUCUACCCGCGCCGCCCCGAGCUGUACCAAAAGUGCCUGGCGCAGGCAAAGAAGAGCGCCUACCUCAUCAUGAGCCGCGGCUGGAAGAGCGUCGAGAUCGUGCAGGGCUUCAUGCUGCUCACGCUCUGGAACCAGCCGGCCGAGCGCUUCGAGGAGGACUGCACGUGGCUGUUCAGCGGCAUUGCCAUCCGCAUGGCGACGGAUCUCAAUCUGCACCGCAAGAGCGUCGCGGGCCUGCCGGGCCAUCUCGACGCGCACGACGCGGCGGUGCUGGAGCGCGAGCGCGAAAUCAUCAACCGCGAACGCACGUGGCUCAUGUGCUUCAACAUCGACCGCAGCCUGGCGGGACAGAUGGGCAAGCCGUGGACGAUCCGCGAGGACUGGAUCAUCCGCAACUCGCGCCACUGGUGCCUGCAGCGCCUCAGCCAGCCGUGGGACCUGGGCAUCUGUGCCCUCGUCGAGCUGCUGCGCCUGACGNNNCGCCAGCUCGACUUUCUCUACUCGUCGAGCACCUCCGUCUCGGGCCUCAACACCGACAUCGACUACUCGAGCGUGCUGCGCGUGUACAACGAGCAGAUCGAAGAGUGGCGCGUGACGUGGCGCUCGCGCGGCUUCUUCCGCGCCGCCGCGGAUGCCGACUAUGAGGAAGAGGAGGAGGAGCCGCGGCACGCGCCGGCGCCGGGCGCCGAGGCGGACCAGGCGCGGCGCUGGAAGGAGGCCGAGCGCGCGCACCCGGCCGACGACGAGGACCACCAGCGGCGCACGAUGCACUUCAUCACCAAGCAGGCGCCGCUGCGCUACCACUACGCCGUGCUCAUCCUCAACUCCUUUGGCCUGCAGCACGCCGUCGACUAUCCGCGCCGCAGCGGCCUCGACAAGGGCUACUACUUUGCGCGCUGCCUGCACGCCGCAAAGGGCAUCAUCCACGCCGCGGCGACGGGCCUGCGCCCCGUGCUCGCCUACUCGCCGGAUCCGCAGUUUGUCAUCAUUUCGUAUGCGUGUGUCUUUCUCCUCAAGCUCACGCGCCCGGCCUUCGCCGCGUACGCCAACGAGGACGAGGUGCUGGCGCUCGUGCAGCAGGGCGCCAGCCUGCUCGAGGAGGUGGCGCUGAACCCCACGCACACGCCCGCGCUGUACGCCUCCUUUCUGCGCGCGCUGCUGCAGACGCGCCAGGAGCUGGCGACGACGCGCAGCACGGCCACGACGCCGGUGCGCUCGCGCGCCAGCUCGGUCGACGAGGGCGCGGCCGCCACGGGAGGCGCUCCGCUGCGCUCCUCGCCCCGCCCGCCGACGGCAGGCAGCGGCGCCGCGCCUGCGUUCAACGUGGCCGGCAGCGCGGCGGGCAGCGCGGCCAGCGGCGGCGGCGGCGGCGGCGGCAACAACGGCUUCACGACGCCCUUUUCCAGCAUGUCCGUCGAGCAGCUCUCUGCGCUCGGCGGCCUCGACCCCGCCACGCUCGGCGGCUUCCAGAUGACGUCGGCGAGCACGGAGGCGCAGACGAUGAACCUCGACGAUGCCUUUUGGUCGCAGCUCAUGCCGCCGGGCUUCGGCGCCUCGGCGCUCGACGGCUUUGGCAUCGACGGCGCCGCCGCGGCGCCUCAGGCGGCACAGCAGCAGC